AUGUCGCAACCACCGGCCAAGAAGCCGGUCUUGUACCGAACAGACGAGCUCCAAGUCAUCAGGAACGACAUAGGCGAGGCCGUGAGCAUUGAGCCCAAGGACCCCAGGGCACCUAAGUCCGACUUCAUCAUGCCGUCACCGGAUACCUUGGGCGGUGUCGCAGGAGUCUUCACCCCAAACUCCAGGCAGGCUGCCCAAGACGCGGUUAUGUCACGCUCCGGUGAAACCCGAACGGCAUUUUCUAUGGCUGCCCUAAGGGACAAACAGUCUCGCGAAAGGCGCCAAAUGGGUUCUAUUGGUCAGAGGGUCAUAGAAAUCAGCGAUGACGAGGAUGCGGAGGAAAAGGUCCGGCGGAGGCAGCUGAUGAUAAAGAAGGGACCGGCAUCUGACCCCAGGUCUGCCUCGGACUACGGAGGCCCAUCGAGCCCUAGGGCUGCCUCGACAUCUGGAGGACCCUCAAGGGGGGCGAAGUUAUGCUGGAACUGUGACAGCCCCCACCACACAGCUGGAGAAUGCCACGUCCCUUCAUAUGAUGGAUCGACACCGAUCUGCCCGUACCACGGGGUCCCAGCGAGUUCAUGCAGAAAGCUGGCUGUCUUUGAGGACUCGUGUGUGCAUGCCGCCACGACAGAUGAUCACAACGCGCUCCUCCCAGAGGCCUUUACGAAAUUCGUCGUCGAACGCAUACGGAAGCCCUUCUGCCGGGUGAUCAAGGAGGGGAACUGCCCCAUCAGGAUUGCCAUCGACUAUUCGAACCAGUUCUGUAAUGGGCAGAGGCCUCUACAACUGCAGCGUGGCUGGCCAUAUACUAAGCAGGACACAAAGAAUCCUGCCAUUGCGGAAAGUCUCAAGUGCGAAGUGCACAAUUGGGAACAGAUGCCAAAAGGCUAUCUGGAGAACCUGUCAUGGGAGCAGAUCAAAGCCGGCUAUGAAAAUGGCACGAUUCCGAGACAGAUCCAUUCUCGAACCGACCCAGAAUUUCAGCCAUUGCGUCGCUCCAUGGGCGAUCGAUACGAUGAGCCUGACUUGGAUAACUUUGCCGACUUGCCUCCUGGAGACGUGGAUCUCAGCGGUGUAGCUGAUGAGGAUACCAUCGUCUGGGGUGAUGAAGAAAUGACCUGA